UUGCAGGCUCGUUUAGAAUAUGAUGUCCAUCGCAAUGAGACAGCCACAUUGCAGCAGUCAGGCGCAAGUCCUGAAGCUCUUGCAGGAGCUGAAUUUCGUUGUAACCAGCAUAGGGUGAAAUAUGAACAAUUAAAAUCUGAUGUUAAGAUGAAAUUCAGUCUUCUAGAAGAGAAUCGACGAAAAGUCAUGCACAAGCAACUACUUCUUCUUCAUAAUGCUUUGACAGCAUAUUUCUCUGGUAAUGCAAGAGCUUUACAGUCAGCAAUGGAGAAUUUGAAUUUAAAUGAAAUGGUUAAUGAUGGUGUGGCUCCAUCAUUUUUGAAGCAAUAA